AAAAAAAUGUUUAUUCCGUUGUCAUAACAACUGAAUAUUUUGUUAAUGUUGGUUUUGAACUGUUUCAGGAGUCUUACACUAACUUUGAAAAGUUAACUGUUCACCAAAGACGAACAUGCAAAAUGUUCCAAGCCAGUUAAUUAUGGAGUUUGUUGGAUGUCUUAUGAAUCACGAUUAUCACAAUGCCCUUAAGUUAUGCCAAAUGAGUAAGUACAAAAUGAUUCUUAUUUAUAACCCAAAUCACAAUGAUGCUCUUCAGUUCGAGCCAUUACUAAAAGAAAUGACUCAAAAAGGAGAAAGUGAGAGCAGCACUAGCAGUGAAAGCAGCAGUAGCAGCAACAGUGAUGAUGAAGAUGAUGAUGAUGAGGAGGAGGAAGACGAUGAAGAUGAUAACUGUGAGAACAGCAAUGACAAUAAAAUACAAAAAGGAAGCAAGAAUUCAACCAAGACUUGAAGAAAUUUAUUGAAGAAUAUUUGCUAAUUAUUUCAUUAGACUGAACAUCAAAUAAACAAAUGAAGAGGAAAUUUCUGUUAAAAUAUUAAACUAAAAUUUUUUUUUCUCCCUACCUUU